AUGCUACGGGGUGCCGCUGGUCGCGCGGCGUUGAACGUGUCCUCUCCUGUCCGCGUUGCAAGGGUCAGGAGGCUACAUUCAGAACCGGCCCCAAAAGCUCACCCUACCAAGGCAAAUUGGGCCCUCCCUUCCACCGCUGUAGCAUUAGCUGCAGGAGCCGCUUUGUACGCGACGGCGCAGGCGAAUGUGAUUCACAACGACGCACCCUCCGAGUCUCCCGAAGCCCAAGUCCGAGCUACCCCCAAUGCGCUCACAAAUUCGACUCUUGAGGACGAGGGACUUUCCACCAUCGUCUGGGGGUCCAACAAGACACACAUCCUCGACGACGCGCUGCCCGAAUCCAUCCGUGUCCCCAGCCAUUCGGAAUGGUUUAACAACGUGGCUUUGAGGGACCUAGCCCUGCACGAACAGCACGCGGCAUGCGUCGAUGCACGGGGAGACCUCUAUCAGUGGGGCGACGGCUUUCUUGGCAAUGAGGCUGGCUCAUCUCGCGCUCGCCCUGAGCUCACCCUCAAGGGAAAGAACAUCACUCAAGUCCAGCUUACUCGUUCUCGUGUUUAUGCGCUCUCCGCGUCUGGCCAUAUUUAUGUCCUAUCAUCACGCCGAGAGGAACAAGCUCUCCCGAUCGCCGCACAGACUCCUGCCAGCACGCCGUGGUGGGGCACCGGUUGGCUAUGGGGCGAGGAGGAAACGGUAGACUUCGCGCAGGUGACUCCGACCGACAAGCUCAAGAGGGGAGAACGAUUCGUGCAGAUCUCGGCUGGCUCAGACCACCUCCUGGCACUCACAUCUGAAGGCCGCACCUUUGCGCAUCCUAUCACGCUUAACGCCAACUCGCACGGCCAGCUUGGGUUCCGGAGAUGCGACGUUCCUUCCCCCGCGGACUUACUGCACAUUCAUCUUCCUAACAAGCAUCCGCGCGUGCCUCUCGAACUGACCCCAAAAGUCCUGGCCGAUCCCUAUGCUAAGGCCACUCCUGGAAUCCGUCCUGCGACCUCAGCGCCAAGGCACACGGAAGGCUUGGUUGGCAAAGAGGCUGCUGCUGCCGGCAUCGACGAUAGAAACAUCAGGUGGUCGGACAGGCUGUUCGAGAUCCCCGCGCUCAAGGACGUCAAGGUCGACCGCAUUGCUGCUGGCUCGCGGAGCAGCUUCGCCAAGACACCAGAUGGUAGAGUGCUGGGAUGGGGUGCUAAUGACUACGGGCAGAUCGGUCUCGGUGGUAACGUCACGUUAGAGGCCAUUACUGUUCCUACCGAGGUCAUCCUGUGGAGGACGACGCCCGGAACUAUGAAGACGAAAUGUCUCGAUGUCUUCGCAGGUGGCGAUUUGACUAUUUUUGAGGUCGAGCGUAGGGAUGGUACCAGCCUACCGUACAUCGACGUCCUUGCGUGCGGGAACGGACAAUACGGCAGCUUAGGCAAUGCCCAGUACAGCAACGCCCAAUCUGCCCCCGUUCGUGCUAAGAACGUUAGCGGCCUGCUCGAAUAUAACGAAUCGACAAGAAGUCUGCAAGCAAUAGUUCCGGAAGAGAUCUCUAUCUCCCCGACGGGACAUGUCCUGCUUACGCUUGAUACGAAGACCAGGGCUGGCCCGGGUGGUGGAGGGAGAGAUGUUGUGGCUUGGGGCUCUAAUUACGACUACCAGCUCGGAACUGGCAAGCGGGGCAGCAUGGCGGUCCCCACGGCGCUUCAGAGUGUCGACGGCGAACGUUUCAUGCUGCGGUCCAAGACGGCGGCCGAAGUGCGGGACUUGCAAGGAAAGGUAUGGAAGAAGGGUGUCCAGGUUGAGCAGAAAGCUGUAGCAGGCUGGAGCAAUUCGGUAGUCUACUGGCGCAUACGCUAA